CGGCCGUCUGGUCUGAAAAGAGUGGCGGGAUCCGCUGCAUUUUCUCCCCAAGCUACCUGAGAGGCGCGGCUGGCUUCUUCGGUGGCCUGGCUGCGAAGGGCUCUCGGGCGUCCGGAUCCCGCUGGAAAGGUGUUUCGUGUUCCUCGGUAGCAAGUGUUGGCUCCGGGAGCAUCCUUUGGGACCAAUGUGCAGUGGACGAUGCCCCUCCUAACCCCACAGAUCCAAGACGAGAAUGACUACAGCUUAGUGGCCAGCCUUGACAACGUUAGGAAUCUCUCCACUAUCUUGAAGGCUAUUCAUUUCCGAGAGCAUGCUACGUGCUUCGCUACUAAAAAUGGAAUCAAGGUUACAGUGGAAAAUGCAAAGUGUGUGCAAGCAAAUGCUUUCAUUCAGGCUGGAAUAUUUCAAGAGUUUAUAGUUCAGGAAGAGUCUGUUACUUUUCGAAUAAAUUUAACUGUCCUUUUAGACUGUUUAUCAAUUUUCGGAUCAAGUCCUAUGCCAGGGACUUUAACUGCACUUCGGAUGUGUUACCAAGGUUAUGGUUACCCUUUGAUGCUAUUUCUGGAAGAAGGCGGAGUGGUGACAGUCUGUAAAAUCAAUACUCAGGAGCCUGAGGAGACUCUGGAUUUUGAUUUCUGCAGCACCAAUGUUAUCAAUAAGAUUAUUCUGCAGUCAGAGGGGCUCCGUGAAGCAUUUUCUGAAUUGGAUAUGACAAGUGAGGUGCUACAGAUCACCAUGUCUCCCGACAAGCCUUAUUUCAGAUUAUCUACUUUUGGGAAUGCAGGAAGCUCCCACCUUGAUUAUCCCAAAGAUUCUGAUUUGAUGGAAUCAUUUCAUUGUAACCAGACCCAGGUCAACAGAUACAAGAUUUCUUUACUGAAACCUUCUACAAAGGCCUUAGUCCUGUCUUGUAAGGUAUCUAUUCGAACAGAUAACCGAGGAUUCCUCUCAUUACAGUAUAUGAUUAGAAAUGAAGACGGACAGAUAUGUUUUGUGGAAUAUUACUGCUGCCCUGACGAGGAAGUUCCAGAAUCAGAGUCUUAAGUAUGGCCUUCCCUGUAACCUCCACCCGAACAUUCAUGAUAGGUCACUUUCUCAUUCUGGGUAUAUAGCAUCUCCAGGAGACUGGGUUUUCUAAAGGAAAGAAGCAUGAAGGAGAUGGGAAUAAGGUUCAUGUACUCUAAGAGUUGCUGUAUAUUUUUUAAGUAAAUGUUUUCAUGUAAUCAUAGAUUACCCACUACUGGACUGUCCUGGGGUUGUCUUUUGAACUUCUCAUCAUGAGCCAAGAUGAAUAAUCUAUUUAAGUGAGACAUUUCAAGAGUCUAAAAAUUUAAAGUUCGAUGAAUCCAUACCGGAAAUAUUCUUUUAUUUAUUUACUAUUAGAAAAAGCAUCAACGUAUGGGCAUUGCUUAUUAGUUUGAAUUCCGAAGAAUGUAUCUUAAACGUGGUUCUCAAGGUGUGGCACCUAGAACAGCAUUCAGCAUUACCUGGAAGCUUGUCAGAAACUUUGAAGGUGGGGCAACAAUCUGUAGCCUAAGCAAACUUUCCCGCAGGAAAUUCUGAUGCAUGCUAAUGUUUGAGAACCACUGUUUUGAAGGAUGCUUUUUUUGUUUGUUUUAAUAUUUAAUUGCACUGAAGUGAUUACUUUUACAUGUGAUUUCUUCCCUGAUGUUCUGAAGUUUAGGCUUUGCCAAACAAGUCUGAGUAAUUAUAUGAUUUAGUUUUAAAGUAUACAUUUUCAAGUCAAUGAACAAGAUAUAAAACAGUCUCCAGAGUUAGAGGAUUUCUUCUUGUUCUCUGCAACUGUUCAGUGCAGUAAGUACUAUAGUAAGUACUUAUUAGAUAUCUUCUGUUAGCUUAUAAAAGUUUCUCAUCCAAACCAACAUGGAGAAAACCAGUUAAUAAGUGAUUUUGCACUUUCUUGGGUAGUUUUCCAUCAAUUUUUAUGGCAUGUAGAUAUUUAAUAAAAUGAAAUACUAAAAUUAUCUGGCUUAAUUUCUAGUAGAAAAAAAUUACAUAAAUAAAGGUCCUGUACCGUGUGAUACAGCUCAGUGUUGGGCAGGCGCUGUUGGCCUUUGUGGGUGGGACAGUUCUUCAUGGGGAAAAAAUUCACCCCAUUGUAGGAUUUAUUUAGCCUCCCUGGCCCAUAUCCACUAAUGCCAAUCCUUGUGACCUGUGAUCCCCAUCCCGGCUAUUGAUGGUUAAGAACCAUUGAAUAAUAUUCAUCGAAAACAUUCAUCAAGGGGUAUAUUUGGAAUGCCCUACCUUAAAAUAGGCCACAUGGCAUGAGAGGAGAUUGGUUUGGAGAGUAGUUCAGCAAAGCACUUCAGGGAAACGCUCCCCCAGAACAGUUGUGGGCUCUGCUCCCCGGCACAUGGACAGUUCUGGGUUUUGAGCCCAGAGUGACUCCCUGAUAAUUUCUGAGCCCCCCAAGUCAUCUCAGGAUACUGGCAGGUGCAAGAAGAGUUGGGAGUUUUAUAAAGUAUGGUACAUGUUCAAGAAGAAAAUGGAUGAAUCUACUAAAUGUUGUGCACACAUUUUUUUAGAUGAACAUCAAGAACAGGACAAAUAUAAAAACCUAGUUAUGAAAUAUUUAAUCAGUCAAUUUCAAGGACUAUAAUUUUCUUUUAAAAUAGGGCAGUUAUUUUUGGGUUUUGUUCACUGGUAUGUUCUGUACCUACAACAGGCCUUGUAUGCAACCUAUUUAACAAAUACUUGUUAGAUGAAAGAACCUCCAUUUCAGAUUAUCUUUUAGCAUCUUAUUAGUCUCUGUCAUUUCAGUUAUUUAGCUUUGAAUUGAUUUUAAUCCAACAUGUUUUAAAAGUUAGACCUGUGAAGGAUUUAAAAUAUAUAUUGGCUUAAUAGGGAAAGAUCAACUUUUAAUACAUUGAAGACCAUCAUUUUAGCCGCACAUUUCUUUAGCUCUUUAGAAUUCAUAAGCUAAGGAAUGUAAUUUUUUCUCACACUGACGGAAAGGUACUGAUCUAACAAUUUCCUAUUUAGUGUGUUCCCUCUGACCUAGGAAUUUACUAGUUUAACUUGUUCAAAUUCCUGUGACGGUCCGCUAGGGGGGGUGCUUUUGCAGCCCGACCAGGACGCGUGGGUGAUGGCAAAUUCGUUUCAUGUGUCACACACAGAAAAAUAAAAUCUUAUUUUUAAGACCUUUA